GCACGGUGUAACACACCCACGACGGUUCUCCAGCCGACGCUGCGCUGCGCCAAACUCGAUCUCGCUGCGUGGGAUGGCGAACGGCGAGUCGUCUGGAGGUGGCGGCGCCACUCGGCCUCUAUCUUCCGCCCCCGCGGCGAUGUACAAACCAACAAACAAGCACUUCCAACACGUCAUCGAUGUCGCUCGCACAAGCAGCACGAGCUUAAUUGCUCUCACACCUACGAACGUCGGUCUCGAAAGGAAACUCUCGAGUGCGAAACCCGCGCCGGCAUCGUCGACACGAUCGCAGUCGCUGCCGACCACAGCGGCCGAGCGCAGCAGGUCGUCGCCCAUGAAUUCAUUCACGGCCGCCAUGGAGAUUGAAGACUGGUUCAUUGCCCCGACGUAUGUAUGCUCUAUCCACUCGACCAAGGACGGCCUCAUUGAGAGUUAUCGGCACGCCCUUGUUCCCAAAGACGAAAUGAUUCAGGUUGUGGUGAAGCAAAUCAAGCACCAGACCUACUCAUACGUCACGCCGCUCACGUUCGUGAUCAAGAUCCAUCACCUAUCGCACGAAUUCAAAAUCGACUACGGCGACUAUCGCAAGUUCAUCCGCACCAUGGUCGCCACUCCCAUGUUUGAAAGUCCGAUUCGCGCCCUGUACGUAUCCAAGCUGCUUGAAGAUUCGUUCGCGGGGGCAAUGCGGCGCGCGGUUGCGUCCAUUGAGUACUUGUCCAAGGAGCUCGCGAUCGCUCUCAACGACCUUGUUCAGAUUCCCCAUCUCGCCGCCCACCCGACAUUUCUCAAGCUUGCGCGCAUUGAUUCGUUCCGUGCCAUCUUUGAAGUUCUCGUCCAUGGGGCGUCCAACCACGGGGCAUGGCAGCUACCUCCCGCGCACCGCAAGGACGCCCCGACCCCCAUGCCCGUAGACGAUGACGAAGUCGACAACAGUUCAAAUUCGACCGAGCCCACGUCGCUCGACGGAUCGCAGGACUGCCUCUGUGCGCUCUUUGCGCACGGCACAGCCAUCUUCGCCAGUCACAUUGCUGGAGUCGCCACCCCGUCACCAUCGCUCGACGGCCCCAAUACCGGCGCAGCGCUUGUAGACUGCCAGUUGUCCGUCGAGAAGGUGCUAUGCAUGUACCUGAUGCAGUCGCGAUCGCUCCUUGUCUUCUACGCCGACACGCUGUACACUCUCGACAAGACUCACUUCAACGCGCAAAAGCAGUACCAAAAGUGCAUCGUGGCAGGCUUUGGGGCCAAAGCGUUGUUUCAAAUCUCGCGGAUAUCCAAGACCGAGUGGGCUCUCGUGGACGUGCGCUACCCCACCGUUGCCUUGCUGUCGCUCCAGCUUCAAAAACAAAGCGGUCGGAAGCCAUCGGUAGCCAUGUACCGCGUUCUGCCGCGCGGCCAACCGUCGGAAUGCAUUGGGAUGUUUUACAAACAUCGGCGGCGGUACGAGUUUCAGCUGCUCAGCGAACUCUUGACCCAGGGCAAGAUCACGACGUCGAUCUCGAUUGCGUCCGGACUUGUCAACCACAAGUACCGCCAUAACGUGCUGUGCAGCGUCGCCGGUGGACGCAGCGACGAAUUCGUCUCGGGCGGCGCAGGAGCAGCCACGGCACUGUCGCCGGCGCUGCUGAUGACGAGUGCCAUGAGUGUGCCACAGAUGAACUUGUCCAAGCAGCGGCUGCAUGUGAGCGAUGGCGCUGAUGUGCUCCUCCACAUUGGCUUGGCCGUGUCGUUUGACAUCCUCAUGAGUGCGCGGCCGCUUUUCCAACGGUCCGACUUUAUCUAUUAAGGCAACACAACCCCAUGCAGAAAUGUUCCGUGUGGACCACCCUCCCAAUGCAUUUGUCUAGUUGGCAACGAGCUUGUACAGGUCCGUGCGCUUUUGCAUCGCGGUGGGGAUGUUGCGACGCAUCUCGUCCACUUGUUCGAUAUCAAUGUCGGCGUAUACGAUCGCUUCUUCGUGUGACGUCGUGGCAACCACGUCGCCCCAAGGCGACACAACCGACGAAUGACCCCAUGCUUGGUACCCGCUUUCGGGGCCGCGAGCGGGAGACGUCGCCGCCACAAACAAUUGGCUGUCCACCUACAGCAAGUCAGAGGGCUUCAACGGUUGUAGCAAUCAUACCGCUCGCGCACGUUGGAGCAAUUCCCAGUGUGCGGGACCCGUCGUGAGGUUGAACGCGCCAGGAUACAUGAGAAAUUUGGCGCCCGCUUCCUUCAUGAGCAUCGACAAUUCAGGGAAUCGAAUGUCGUAGCAAAUGCCGACCCCAAACUUACACCAAGGGGUGUCAAACACAGUCACUUGGCUACCUCCAGUAAGCGUAUCGGAUUCCUUGAAUGUGAUCUUGCCGGGCACGUCGAUGUCGAACAAAUGCACCUUGCGGUGCUUCGUGAUCAACGAUCCAUCCGGGCCUGCGAUCACACAGGUGUUGUAGAUCUUUCCGUUGUCACGUUCAGGAAUGCUUCCCCCGACCAAGUAGAUGUUGAGCUUUUUCGCCAACGACAGGAUAAGGUGGGUCGACGGGUGAUCCGCUUCUGUCACUUGAGAACCAGCCGGAAUCUCCUCGGCAUAUUGGGGGAACGACGACGUUGCGUACGGCGAGUUCCAGCAUUCCGGAAGAGAUACCACUUGCGCGCCAUUGCGAGCAGCUUCUUCGACAGCAGCUUUCGCGCGUUGGAUGUUCACGGGCUUCUUGUCGCCGACGGCCAGUUGGCACAGCGCUACCUUGAACUUGCUUGACGUUCGGCUCAUCGA